CUCCCGCGCCAUCGAUGGCGUCUUGCACCCAUCUCCCCGCCUCUCUCGCCCUGCCUCGGACGGCACCCUGAAAUGACUUCUGCACGCGCGCCCACCAGCCCGCCGACCGACGCCGACGAGCCCACGCCUGUCGCGUACGACCCUAACGACCCGUUCUGGCGCGAGACCGAGACCGAGGAGGACGAUGAUGACGACAUGGAGUUUAUCCCGGCGGAGGACGGCGAGGACGAGGGUGAUGACGACGUGGAUAUCAGUUUCCAUGAUGCUGCCGAACACCUCAGUAGUCUGAGCGGGGUGGAGUUGGUGUUUGAAUCGACCAAUGAUGAGGACGACGACGAUGACGACGAGGAAGAUGAGGACGGCGAGGGCGAAGAGGAAGAGGAGGAGGAGGGGGCUCGUCGCCCGGUGUACAUCACCCGCGACCAGAUCAUGCAGCUGCUCGGCCACGCGGGCCUGGGCCGGAUCUUUGCGUCGGACUUCACGACGCGGGCGGCGGCGCGACGCGUGAGGAUAGACGAUGACGACGAGGAGGACAGUGAUCCGGGCACGGGGUAUGAUGCGGUUGGGCCCCGGAGCAGCCGACGUGCACGCCGUGCGCGGGGCGAGGCUCUGUACGAGAAGGUGCCGAGCGAACGCGGCCAGGAGGUGAUGAACGGCGGGCUGUUUGGAUCGAGUGCUCGGACGGAGGACACGCUGAAGAGGAAGAAGAGGCUGGCCUACAACAUCAUGCGGAGGGAGCUGGGCCUGGGCGGUGACGGACGCCAGAAGAACGCCACCCACUUGAUGAAGCAGGACCUCAUCCCCGAGUCUGUGGCCGACACCAUCAUCCACUACAACGCGCGGUGCUACUCUGGCCAGUUCUCGGACGAUGGUAACUUCUUCUUCUCGUGCGCGCAGGACUUCCGCGUCAGGAUGUACGACACGUCGAACCCGUACGACUGGAAGUACUACAAGUCCGUCAUCUACCCGUACGGGCAGUGGACAAUCACAGAUGCCUCACUUAGCCCGGACAACCGGUUCCUUGCGUACAGCUCUAUUCGCAGUGUAGUGUGUCUGGCCGGCACCGAUCCCGCCGACGAGUCGGAGCCAAACCUGCUCGACUUUUCGCAUCUCGGAAACAACGGCGCCCCGCGCGGCUUCCACACGUACUUUGGCAUCUGGUCGAUCCGCUUCUCCGGCGACGGGCGUGAGAUUGUGGCCGGCACAGGCGACAACAGCGUCUACGUGUAUGACAUCGAGCGGCGCCAGUCGGUGCUGCGCAUCCCCGGGCACGAAGACGACGUGAAUGCCGUCUGCUUCGGCGACUCGCAGUCGCCGCACAUCCUCUACUCGGGCUCGGACGACACGACGCUCAAGGUGUGGGACCGGCGGUCGAUGGCGGACGGGCGCGAGGCGGGCGUGUUCCUCGGGCACACCGAGGGCCUGACGUACGUCGACAGCAAGGGCGACGGGCGCUACGUGCUCAGCAACGGCAAGGACCAGACGGCCAAGCUGUGGGACCUGCGCAAGAUGAUGAGCAAGGACAAGGCCGACCGCAUCGACCCCAACGCGUACACGACGCGCUUCGAGUACCGCUCCAACGCGUACGACCCGGCCGACUUCCGCCCGCACCCGCACGACUGCUCGCUCGUCACGUUCCGCGGCCACAAGGUCCUCAAGACGCUGAUCCGCUGCCACUUCAGCCCGCCCGGCAGCUCGGAUAGCAGGUAUGUGUACAGCGGCAGCUACGACGGCAGCGUGUACAUCUGGAACCUGGACGCGACGCUGGCGGGCAAGGUGAAUGUGCUGGCGGCGACCAAGAACAGCCGGCCGCGCGACCCGGAGCUGCUGGCCGAGACGUACGACUACUGGGGCCGCAACGGCGGGAACUGGAUGACGUGCGUGCGCGACGCGAGCUGGCACCCCAACGCGCCGCUGAUCGCCGCUACGUCGUGGAACGGCUGGGGCACGUCGCAGGGCACGUGCACGGUGCACAGCUGGAACGACGGGGUGCAGGCGGACGAGGCGGAGCCGCGGGUCGGGCGCCGGGUCAACGCGCAGCUGCAGCAUGACGAGCGGCUGUACCGGAGCGCCGAGGCGGGGCGGUCGCGGCGGCAGCCCGCGUGGUUCGACGAGUGGGAGGACGACGAUUGACAUGAUCGCUCGCGCGCGUAGACGCAGACGCAGAUGGGGAGAUGGGUAUAUAGGGGCACGGUCUGGGAGGGGUGUUUAUAGCUGGGUACAUAUCGAAUUAGACGCUAUUGUUCUGGUCCUAGUUGAUUGGCAUGUGUAUAAGAGG